UCCCGAUCCCUACCGUGCCCUAAUUCUUUUUCUUCUCUUCUCCAUCUGCUCGUGCGGCGGCUGCGAACCUUCUGCCCUAUUCCGGCCACGAUCUCCAACAGGUUUGUACACCGACGUGGUUUAAUUUGGAGAGACGCUCAUUGUUGUUCUCCUUUGUCAGGAAUUAUGAAUAUGUUUCGACGGGGUGGCCGUAGACGGAGCUCUCCAGUUACAGCACCUGCAGACACUGUUGCUACACCCCCAGUAGAGGAUGCAGCACCGUCGCAUACAUCUAUGCCAGUACCAUCGCAUACACCUAUGUCAGUCCCAUCGCAUAUAUCUAUGCCAGUACCUUACUCUACAGGAUCACCUUCUCCUUCGGCAGUGCCUUCUCCUUCCACAGUACCUUCACCGAUUGAGUCGCCAGUACCCUCUUUCGUUCCUUCUCGACACUCGGUUGCUGAGAGGCUAGACACUCGAGAGCCUAUAUCCCCUUGUGGAGAUUCAUUUGAUAAUUCUGUCCGUGUUAUUCACGAGAUUAAUAGAAUUGUGAAUAACCAUUGGAGAGGAGACUCGAUGAGUUAUACAAGUACUCCAGCACCGACAAGAGAGCUAUGGUGGAGUGAAUUUAAGCGAUCAUUCACUUGGGACAUGAUUGAUGAGAUGGAAAAAAAGAGGAUUUUCAUGAAAAAAUGUGGCGAUCACAUUCGUCAUGUACUCAAUCAUGCAAAGUCGAGGGGUAAAAAACCACCAUUCAUCACCGAGGAAAAUUGGAUAAGGAUUUCAAAUUUUUGGGAAAGUGAGGAGUUUAAAAAAAGAAGUCACCAGAAUAAAAUAAAUCAAUAUUUUAAUUCUGGAGAAUUGUCUGCGACAUAUGCAGGAGGCUCUAUCAAUGUGGAUGAGUAUAGACAUAGAUUGACCAAAGAAUUGGGAAAGGAGCCUACUUUUAUAGAUACUUUCACCUGCACAUUUCAGAAAAAAAGAUAAGACUUGGAGCGGGGACAGAGCUAAAGCAAUUAAGGAAAAAUAUGUUGAGUUAGAGGUAGCACAGAGAUGUUCAGCUUCUGCUAGUUCUGAUAUUGAGGGGUCUGAGCCGUCUGUUGGUAGUGAUUUCAAUUUAUGGCUACAGGCGAGUGGGGGGCCAAAAAGGGGAGGAAAGAUAUUCGGAAUGGGUUCAUUGAGCAGAACCCAUAGAGUUGGUCGUAUAUCUUCUUCCUCCUCCUCACAUACCCAGCAGAUGCAUAACUUGACUGAAGAGGUUUCUCAGUUGAAGGGCAUUAUAAGAAUAGGGAUGAAGAAAUGAGAGAAAUGCGCCGACAACAAGAUUUUAUUAUGCGACAUCUUCAGUUAAGUUCUGUUCCAAGUCAUAUUCCUUCCGGUGACGGUGAUGAUGAUAAUGGCGGUGGUGGUGAUUCUUGAUAAAUUUAUGGAAAAGAAGCACGGAAGGUGACCGAAGCUCCUGAGACAUGAUGAUAUGUAUUUUAUUUUCUUUUGAAUGUCUUGUUACAUUUGUUGUUUGGAUUAUUAUAGAACUUUCAUGUUUGAUAUUAUGAGUUGUUGAACUUGUUUGGAUUUUGGUUAGUUGUAUAUAUGAAUAUGAUGUGUUUAGUUUUGGGAUGAUUUGUUUGGAUAUAAGAUAUAUGGAUUAUGGAUGUGUUGGA